AUGGAUGAAAAUAUAGUGUACAAAUGGGCUACUAGUAGGACCCAACAUAUUAUGCUCAAUACCCUUGAGAAGCUCAAGAACAGCGAUGAAACAGUCGCUACAAACCAGGUCGAUUUGGUAGAAGAAAACUAUGUAUUUAUUAGUCCUGUUUUCAAUGUACCAGCUGAAUCAAACCAAUUACAGUACACUGAAGUCGAUCCUGUUCCAAGUACCAGUAGAUCAAACAGCGAUGGAAAAUUAGUUGCUUCAAACCAGGCCGAUUUGAUAGAAAUGGACGAUAUCUUUGUUAGUCCUGUUUCAAAUGUACGAGUUGAACCAAACCAAUUAAAUUACACUGAAGUCGAUCCUGUUCCAAGUACCAGUAGAUCAACCACCGAUGGAGAAAUAGUUGUUGAGCACAUUGUCAAUGUGCCGGACUUGGAAAAUGAGCAUUAUGAUAGUGAUAGAGAUUCUGAAAACGAACCAACUGAAAACGAAAUUCGUGACAACAAAGUUUCUUCAAGUGAAGAUGAAAACGAAAAUCAUACUGCUGAUGAACUACUUCCGCUUCAUCCUCCUCUUUUCUCACCAGAAUUCUUGGUGGUGAAUGACACUGGGACGCUUCUAGCUGUAGCAGGUCCGUGUGGUGUUUUGGUUUUGCAGCUACCAUCAAGAUGCCCGCCAUAUGGGGCUUUCGAGAAGAACAAAGAAGUGGUAUAUUGCAGGUGA